UUUGGUUUGUAUUCAUAUGAAGAUUCCAAAAAUCACACCUGAAUAUCUUACGGUUGCUAUUUAACGCCUUAUUCUCUUUGAAAGAGGUAUUGAACAGUUUUGUAGAUAACUGGAUCUUCCUCUUAUCAGUCUUGUACACCUUGAGAAUCUUUAUUUCCCCACUCCGAUUAAUUCUCUCUUUCUUAAUGCGUCUUGAUUUCUCACCAGCUUGCUCAUAUUUCUCAAUAAGGUUCUUUUGGCAUGUAAAAUUGAGAGCAAAUCUAUUUUCAGAUUUGACCCUCUCUUUUUCUUAUUCUGAUUGAUAAAUCUGAGCUUUUGAGUCAUCUUCUCAUUAAGGUUGUCUAUCUUCGCCUAUGAGAUCAUAGCUUUAAAGAUUUGUUUCUCACCGUUGCUGAAUUUAUGAAAAAAUUCAAGGUUAUUUCUCAUGUUGCUCCUUCCCUAAUGAUUUCAGUAAUUUGCCAAGUUUCCGGAUUUUAAGGAUCUCCUUACGUCUCUGUUCAUUAGCCUGAGAUUGGAUCAGCUUCAGAUUUAUGGCAGGCUUAUUUGGAGAAUUGUGUUUGAAGUAUCUCGAAUACAAACUUCGCAUCAUCUCUAUGGUCUUAUGCUCACUAUUGUUAGGCAUUAAAGUUUCUGAUUGAUCUUUGUUACAAAUAGACCGUAAUGGAGAUGAAGCAUCCGAUAAUUUCCUAUUAUGAAGCCAAGCAGCAACCUUUGUAUAGAUUUAUUGUAGCUAUUCCAAAAGCAUUAAAUUUUGCAAUAUGAAUAUUAGCUGGGCCAUGCUUUUUAUUCUGUGAUCUCACAACUGUAUUAGCCAGCUUUCUUGUAUUCGCUGAGAACUA